AUGAACUUUUUACAGAUAGUUUUAGUCAAAUUACAAUUCUUUAAAAGUGAUUACCCCGAAAUUGGUAUGUGGACUCCAUUUGUACUUCACCCGUGCCUAUUGCCAGUAUCAGGUCUUUAG